AUGUCCCCAAACCCAGGACAAAACAACGCUGAUGUCCCCAAACCCAGGACAAAAACCUGGUGUCCUCACUCCCAGGACAAAAUCUGGACUUAUCAAAGCCAUCAGAAAGGGGUGGGAUUACUCAUGGAUAGCUCGACUUUCCUGACACAGGAGCUGCAGCAAAUGACCCACAUAAGGAGCGUCAACACUGCCUCAUUGGUUCUCCAUUCUACAACUAGCAAACAGAAAAAGGAAAUGACUAAGAAGUGUCACUUGGGAGACAAAUAUUUCACUGAAAAACAUCUGCACAUGCACUUCCGUUGCACUUUCAUUAUGUUGCCGAUAUCCUAA